AUGGAUCCAACUGAAGAUCCCCAACGACUCGAAGAGUCACUAGAUACCGACAUCGCGUCCAUCCGCGCAGAGAGUACGUCCCCCCAUCCCCCCAUCCCAAUCCCCCGACCCAAGCCUAGCCAUCCAACUAACCAACCCUCCAAUAAAGUCCGCACCCUCGAACGCCGCAAACGCUUUCUAGCCAGCAGCAUCCUCUCCUCUUCACGGUUCCAAAUGCACAUGAAAACCCUCCCCCGAUCAUCUCUCACCAGCCUCACCGAAAAAGUCACCCCCCUGGUCAUGGACGCCGAGAAACACACCGAGGUGAAUCACCACCGAAUCGCCUUCUCGGCUACCACGUUCCCGUUCAAAGACCCGUCGCCGAACGCCGCGGAUCCGAAUCUUCUGGGCGUGAGGAUCGAUUUGUGUAAGCGGGACGGACAGUUCGCGAAACCGUAUUAUUUGCUGUUGAAGCGUUCGGGGAGUGUUGGGGAGAAGGAGAUGGGAGGGUUGAAGGUGUAUAAACAUACGAUACCAGCGUUUAUUCCGAUGGAGGGGUUAGAAAGGGUUUAUUUGCCGACGAUGGUGCAGAAAGGGCAGGAGGGACAACAAGAAGAAGACGACGAGACAGCGCUGAAGCCAUGGAAGAAGAAGACGAGGACACCCAAAAAACAAGAUCUCCAGGGCCUGGUACGGGAAUUGCGACGCCAGCUGGUGGCGUGGCAGUUACGGAUGGAUGCGAUUGGACUGUUGCGGGAGAAGCUGGGGGUGGUGCGGCGCGGGGUGGACGACUAUCAAGACGACGAUGGGGUGUGGGAGCGCAGUUUUCUGGAUCAGAAGGAGACGAAGCUGGCGGCUAAUGAGUGGGGGAUCGUCUCGUUGGGACCGACGGCGCUGGAGGCUGUGUAUGUGCGCGUGGAAUGGGCCAACGGUCAGGUGGGAAGAUUCAAGAUCUCGAAUUCGGGCAUCGUGGAGCGGGCGGUGGUGAUUGGGGAUGAUGGGCGAGAUAAAGCGUUGGAGAUGGCGCUGACGGGUGGGAAUGGGAGAGUGGAAACGGUCCUUGGCCGGUUGAAGAAACAUGCAGAGGCCAACUGA